AAUCAAACCACUUGCUGAAGCGAAAUAGUACUGAAUAUUACUCGACGUUUAGUUUGGAUCGGAUUAAUUAUAUCUUUUCUCAAGUUUUUUGGUGGCACCAAUUUCAUCCUCGUGCUACUGCUUGGCCUGAAUAUGCAAGCAUCCAAUGCAUACGACUGCAGUAAUGUUGACCACGACUUAAUCCAGGUGUCAUGCACUGGUUGGAAUAACAAUUGUUCUGACGGUUUUCGCCGACUUUGGGUAGACAAGGCAAACGACAUCAAGCAGUGUGUCUGCUAUCGAGAACUGACCGCAGAGGAGGCUGCGAUCCGUGCGGAUUGCAAAUGCGCGGGUUCGACCGCUGUUUGCGUGGAUAUGGGAACCCAACGUUCGUGUGACUAUGUCAUGGCCGCAUGCAGUUUGAAAUAUAAAUUACAGGUGUGCAAAAGUUUGAAGGUCAAUUCCCUCUCCUUUGAAUUAUAUGACAAUGCUACCUGCUUUGUAUUGAAUACACUAUUUAACGUGGUGAUCCCUGUAAUUGAAGGGGUUGAUUCAAUAAUUGCUUAAAAUUGGUCGUUGUUUGGGAAAUUAACUAAUUUAAAAUGAACUUGAUUGCCCGUCUGGUUUAAUUGGUUUGGGAUACAAGUAAUAAAUUAUAUAAGUAUGAUGAA